AUGAUGAAUGGCGGGCAAAUUGGUGCGGGAGAUUCCCUUGAUUUUCAGGGAGAUCCAGCAUUGCUGUACUUGGCAGAUGGCAGUCCUCCCAUUGAAGCUCGUUCCUUUGGAGCUCCCACGUCGAUAUCGGGCGAAGUCGUCUUUAACACGGGCAUGGUCGGAUACCCCGAAGCGUUAUCGGAUCCUUCCUACCGUGGACAGAUUCUGGUUCUCACGUAUCCCCUCAUUGGAAACUACGGGGUUCCCGAUGAAACUAUCCGCGAUGACUACGAUUUACCCAAGUUCUUUGAAAGCAACAACAUUCAUAUUGCAGGAUUGGUCGUAUCGUCCUAUUCCUGGCAGCAUUCCCAUUGGUCAGCUCAAAAGAGUCUCUCCAAGUGGCUCUAUGAUAACAACAUUCCUGGAAUCUACGGAGUCGAUACCCGUGCUUUGACCAAGAAAUUGAGAGAAUAUGGAUCCAUUCUGGGAAAGUUGCUAGUGGAAUCCUUUGAAGAUCCCAACAUGCGCAAUCUGGUCGCCGAAGUCUCCACGAAAAAAGUCCAAAUAUACGGAAAGGGAAACAGUCCUCGCAUUGUCGCCUACGAUUGUGGAAUGAAGUUCAAUAUUAUUCGAUACCUCGUCAAUGUACACAACGUGGAACUCAUGGUGGUACCCUUUGAUUACGAUCUGGAGGCCAAUGCCGAUGAAGCGGGUGAUUGGAAGGGACUCUUCUUGUCCAAUGGACCCGGUGAUCCAACCAUGUGUGCCGCUACCAUCAAAUCGAUCCAAUACGCACUCGCCUUGGAACCGCCACGACCCAUUUUUGGCAUUUGCCUGGGAAAUCAACUCUUGGCAUUGGCCGCCGGUGCCAAAACGUACAAACUCAAAUACGGAAACCGUGGAAUGAAUCAGCCGUGUAUUGAUUUGAGGACGGGACGAUGCUACAUUACACCCCAGAAUCACGGAUUUGCCGUCGAUUCCGACUCGUUGCCCACCGAUUGUUGGAAGGCACUCUUUUUGAAUGCCAAUGAUCUCACCAAUGAAGGUAUUGUCCAUACCAGCAAACCAUUCUUUAGUGUACAGUUCCAUCCAGAGGCCAGUGGAGGGCCCGUCGAUACCGCCUUUUUGUUUGAAAAGUUUGUCGGACAUGUCCGGAAUAUCCCUCAACCCUUGGUCUUGCACGAUGGUCUGUCCUAUGCACGAAAGACGUACAAGAAGGUCUUGUUGGUUGGUAGUGGCGGCUUGAGCAUUGGACAGGCUGGAGAGUUUGAUUAUUCCGGAAGUCAAUGCAUCAAAGCCCUCAAGGAAGAAGGGAUUGAAGUCAUUCUCAUCAACCCCAAUAUUGCUACCGUUCAAACGUCGCAGGAACAGGAAGACAGUGUCGCACGCAGCGCGGAUCGUGUGUACUUUCUUCCCAUCCAACCCAACGUUGUCAUGGACAUUAUUCAUAAGGAAAAGCCAGAUGGUAUCAUUGUUUCCAUGGGAGGGCAGACAGCCCUCAACGUUGGAGUCGAAUUGUGGAGAGACGGACUGUUGCAGGCAGCCGGUGUGGAAGUGUUGGGUACCCAAAUUCCAGUCAUUGAAGCAACUGAAGAUCGUGAGAUCUUUAGUGCCAAGUUGAAAGAAAUUGGAGAAACGAUUGCCUUGUCGUACAGCGCCACCACAGUGGAGGAAGCCAAGGAGGUUGCCAACAAGAUUGGAUACCCCGUUUUGAUUCGAGCCGCCUAUGCCUUGGGAGGUUUGGGAUCUGGAUUUGCGGCCGAUGACGAGGAGCUGAAAGAGAUGGCUGCCAAGGCGUUUACCACCAGUUCUCAGAUCCUCAUUGAUCAGGAUCUUCGCGGUUGGAAAGAAUUGGAGUAUGAAGUUGUCAGGGACUCCAGCGACAACUGUAUUACCGUCUGUAACAUGGAAAACUUUGAUCCUCUGGGAAUUCAUACUGGUGAUUCCAUUGUCGUCGCUCCCUCACAGACGUUGACAAAUCGCGAAUACUUCAUGCUUCGAACCACAGCGCUCAAGGUUGUCAGACACCUUGGAAUCGUCGGCGAAUGCAACAUCCAGUAUGCUCUGCAUCCCGAAAGUGAGCGAUAUUGCAUCAUUGAGGUCAAUGCCCGAUUGUCUCGGUCCUCGGCAUUGGCUUCUAAAGCAACAGGUUACCCCUUGGCUUAUGUGGCAACCAAGAUCUCCUUGGGCAAAGACUUGGUGUCUAUCCGCAACUCUGUCACAAAGACAACAACAGCAUGUUUCGAGCCCAGUUUGGAUUACUGUGUGGUGAAGAUGCCUCGAUGGGAUCUGAAGAAAUUCAAGCGUGUCAGUAACAAGCUCGGAUCGUCCAUGUUGAGCGUCGGCGAGGUGAUGGCCAUUGGCCGAUCAUUUGAAGAAACCAUUCAGAAAGCUUGUCGUAUGGUGAACCCAGUCUUGUCCGGGUUGGAUGGCCAGGAUUCGAAUCUAAUUGACGACUCUGAUGAUUUGGAGACUCAGCUGAAGACUCCUACCGACACGAGACUCUUCGCUGUACAGACUGCUUUUGAAAUUGGAUGGUCAAUCGACAAAGUACAUGAAUUGACCAAGAUUGACCGAUGGUUCCUCAGCAAACUCCGAAACAUCGCCAUGCUGCGACAAGCAUGCAAGGAUAAAAAGAGUUUGGAAGACUUGGUUAGCACCAAUGGAUACGAACGAAUGAGAACGUUGAAAAUGGCGGGAUUUAGCGACAAGCAGAUUGCUCGAUAUGUUGGUCUUUCACCGGGUCUUGAUGGUGAGCAGCGAGUCCGUGACAAGCGAAAGGCUUUGAGAGUCAUCCCUGUUGUAAAACAGAUUGAUACGCUUGCAGCAGAGUUUCCUGCACAGACGAACUACCUGUAUUUGACCUAUUCUGGAGACCAGGACGAUGUCGAGGGCGGCGACGGCGACUUGACGCAGUCUACUAGAUACUCCGUCAUGGAACAAAACCGUGAAGGUGUGUCACCAGGCGACUUCAAACGUCGCGCACGAGGACUCUCUACCUCUGGUGCCAUGGAAACUUUGAAAACAAAGAAGGAACGUGGUGUUAUCGUUCUGGGCUGUGGAGCCUACUGCAUCGGAUCGAGCGUUGAAUUCGAUUGGUGCGCAGUUUCGUGCAUCCGGCAACUACGUCGAGAUGGGUUCAAGAGCAUCAUUAUCAACUACAACCCUGAAACUGUGAGUACAGACUACGAUGAAAGUGACCGUUUAUACUUUGAGGAGUUGAGCCUUGAACGUGUCCUUGACAUCUAUGAGCGCGAGAACCCCUAUGGUUUGGUAGUUUCGGUCGGUGGUCAAAUACCCAACAACCUUUCUGGCCCCCUGGCAGAGUGUGGGGUGAAGAUCCUCGGUACAUCUGCCCGCGAUAUUGAGCGCGCUGAGGAUCGCCAACAGUUCUCGGACAUGGUGGACAGCAUGGGAAUCAAGCAGCCAGCGUGGUCUGUGUUAUCGAAUAAGGAAGACGCUGUAAAAUUUGCCAACACAGUGGGGUUCCCAGUUCUUGUUCGACCCAGUUUUGUUCUUUCAGGUGCAGCCAUGAGGGUAGCGGCUGAUGAAACGCAACUGACGAACUUCUUGGAUAUAGCGGCUGACGUCGCUGCGGACAAGCCUGUUGUCGUGACCAAGUUCAUUGUCAAUGCCAAGGAGAUUGAAUUUGACGCAAUUGCCAACAACGGAAACAUUCUGAACUACGCCAUUGGAGAGCACCUUGAGAACGCUGGCGUCCACAGUGGCGACGCAACAGUGAUUCUCCCUGCUCAGAAGUUGUACGUGAAGACUAUUCGUCAAGUCAAGACUUACGCGAGCUGGAUUGCCAAAGCAUUGCGAAUCACUGGUCCUUUUAACAUUCAGUUCAUGGCCAAGGGGAACAAUGUUGAGGUUAUCGAGUGCAACUUGCGUGCAAGUCGGACUAUUCCUUUCGUAAGCAAGACACUGAACCAUAACUUCAUUUCGUUGGCUACGAGGGCAAUGACGGGAAUGGACGUGCAGGCUUACAAGAUUUCAUUGCUCGACAUUGAGUAUGUUUGUGUGAAGGCGCCCAUCUUUUCGUUCACCCGUCUUCGUGGAGCUGAUCCUACCUUGGGAGUGGAAAUGGCUUCCACGGGAGAAGUGGCUUGUUUUGGAGUGGACUCGCACCAAGCGUUCCUCCAAGCCAUGCUGUCGACUUCUUUCAAGCUCCCCAACAAGAACCGCAGCAUCUUGCUGUCCAUUGCCAGCGACAAGUUCCGUGCCGAGUUUUCGGAAGCCGCCGAAAUCUUGUUUAAAUUGGGUUACAAGCUCUAUGCCACCCCGGGUACAGCAAAUUAUUACAAAGAACACCAUGGCAUGGAACUCACGGUUGUCAACAAGCCAACGAGCGAAACGGAUGACGGAGAGGGCACUGCCCUCUACGUGAUCAAGCAAGGUGCUAUUGAUCUGGCCAUCAACGUAAGCGAAGGCACUACUCGAAAGGAUGAGAUUACUUCGGGUUACAUCAUUCGUCGUGGUGUUGUAGAUUUCGGUGUGAGUUUGAUUACCGACGUAAAGUGUGCCAUCAAAUUUGCCGAAUGCAUGGAGCGAGGAUGGGGCGAUGGCAAGUUUGAACCUCUCAAUGUUGGAGAAUUCUACAAGUUGCCAAUGAUUGGAUGGGCCAAAGGCCAGGUGUAG